UUGAUUGAGAUAACUCUAUUGUAGUAACAUCAGGGAUAUUUCAAAAUUGAAUUUAAAAAUAGUGAUAAUUCUACAUCAGAAGAUACAACAAAAUGAAUCCUUUUUUCAAAUUUGAACCCAGUGAAUAAUUGAAAAUAUGAAUAGCUCUUAUCUAGGAAACUAUAAUAAAAUGGAACAUUAAAAUACGAAACAGUGAAAAUCAAAUCAAAAAAAUAUUUAAUGGCCUAAUGGCGAGCCCAAAUUUUACCUUAAAAAAAUGCAACAAAAAAGAAGGAUCUAUGAUCAAUUCAAUAUUAUGAUGAAAAUUCGUAAUCCUAAUCCUGCGGAUUGAUUAAUCUUCCCGAUUGAUUAAUUACCGAAAACUAUUGAGAAAAUUGUAUAUAUUUAUAGUUAAAAACAAUUGAAAUUUAUUGUUGUGAAUUGUUAAGUACACUUUGUUCAGAUGAACGUAGAAGAAUUUCCGGAAGAUAGUGAUACCAGUGAUGAAGAGUAUAUUCCUGGUGCUAAACCAGAGGAGGUUGUCUCAGAAGUUGAUUCAGAUGGAGAACCAGAGGACCCUCUUUCAGAUUCAGAGGCUAGUCCAAAGAAAAAAAGACGAAAAACCAAAAAAGGUGCUCGAUCAAAAAAAUUGAAAAAAGAAUCUACUAAUUCGGGCGACGAAGAAAUUGAGGAAAGUCAACAGAAAAAUGAACUUACAGAAGAAGAAAAAAAGAAGCAAGCUGAUGAUCUCUGGGCAGAUUUUCUACAAGAUACUGGUUUUAAAUCUAAGACUGCUAUUUCAAAACCUAAUGACACAACCACAUCUAAGGAAAAAACUUUGACCAAGUCAGAAACAACCUCGAAAUCUCAAACUAAUAAAGUAGAAUCUGAUAAAGUGAAAAUCACUGAAAUAUUUGAAUUUGCAGGAGAGGAAGUCAAAGUUGAGAAAGAAGUUUCAAAAGAUUCUGUAGAAGCUAGAUUAUUAGGCUCAUCUUCUAGCUCGGACACAAAUAAAGUAAGAAAAAAAGGUAGCUUGAGUGGCAUUGGCAGUGUUUUGAGUCAAUUGGGAAAAAAGAAAAAAAUCAGCACACUAGAGAAAACAAAGUUAGACUGGGACCGAUUUAAAAAAGAUGAAAACUUAGAAGAAGAACUGAAUAACCAUAAUAAAGGAAAAGAUGGUUAUUUGGAUAGACAAGACUUCCUUCAAAGGGCUGAUCUGAGAAGAUUUGAAAUUGAAAAAGAAAUAAGAACUGUUGAAAGAAACAAAAGAAUGAACUUGGGAGAACCAUUCUGAUUAGUUUAAAAAGUAUCAAUAUCCACAUUCCUACAAACUCGAAAAACAUAUUUAAUUUUUUUGUGACUUUAUUUGAACUGAAUAAAAAUAAUAUUGAAAGCC